AUGUACCCACUCGAUGACCUGCUUCCGGCUGAGAUUAUCAGCUUGAUUAUCGACAUGGUCGCCUUAGAAGACACGCAGUGGCAAGUAGAAGUGCCAUACAGAGAUACCAGAGCCUGUUCGACCACUUGUCGUGCCUUUCUUCCGCAUUGUAGAAGGCACAUAUUCUCCCGUAUCGAAGCCACAGUAUGGAAGCUUCACAAAUUCAUAUUACUUCUCACAAACGCUCCAUGGAUUGGACACAACGUUCGCAUUCUCUCUAUUGGCUUAGAGAUUUCUCUGAACGCGAGCAUGUUGUCUGCUUUGCGUCAUAUCACGCUUCUAGAACGACUUGACGUUGUGGCCAUGAACAGUCCUAAGAUUAUCUGGACACAACUUCAACCAGGUGUUCGAUCUUCCGUCCUUCACCUAAUGCACCUUCCGACCAUUACCGAUCUCGGCUUUCACGGUAUAUGGAAUAUCCUUCCUUCCGACUUGUCACCAUGUGGACGUCUUCGAUCUCUUACGCUUAGUCAAGCAACACUCACGGACGAUUCUGCUCUCGUGAAGUGUCGUAGACUUUGCCUAGCAGGCCAAGACGCCAAUAUUGUCAACCAUAUGACCAAGAUAUUAGGUGCGGGGACGGGAACAGGUUCGCUUGUUGAUAGCCAUGGACUUCGGGGGCUGUCCUUGGAAGUCUCCGACAUUUCACAGAAAUACGGGAAACUUUUGAAUGGAUUUCCUAAUCUUAAUGAACUUGAGAUUUACCUUUCAAGUGAACAAGCUUUCGGAACCUUCUCAGCGUUUUUGGUCUCUCCAUCUUAUGUACUGAGAUCCCUCAAAAUCUCAAGCAUCUAUUUCAUCCCAAUGACUAUUCCCUACCUUGCCCGGGAGCUUCAAAGGAUUGGCGAUAUCGCUGGGAAAACCAUACAAUAUCUCAAUCUCAAUUUUGGAGUGUUUAGGGAUAAUGAUUUUAGCAUCCCAAUAUUUGAAUGGGAUACACUCACAAAGGUCCUGUUGGAUGCUGGGAGGUGGAAAUCUUUGCAACAUUUUGCAAUUCAUCUCAGCAUACCCUAUCCACGGCCACCGGAUGGGAUGCACCGCUUCGUUAAGUGGAACAACACCGUCCGAGCCCAUUUAUACAAGCUUUCGUCUCAACAACGCAGGUUCAAAGUAUAUUACUCUUUUCACCUCAACCUUGUUAGAUAUCACGACAGAGAUAGUCAGAUCUAUUGGCAAGAGAUAAAGGAAAUACCUAGUAGUAUAUGA